AUGACAGUGCUAUCGGUUCCUGUAGCUCUGGCUGCUAUUCAUCUGGCCAUCAAAAGAGCUCGUGCGCAGUUGACCUGGAAAAAUCUGGCCUUACUAUAUAUCUUACUUAAUCUCAAGUCCGCACCCUUUUCGUGGCAUGUUCGUUUAUUCUACCAUUUACUCAGCCGCAUCAAUAUAAAAAAGCAUAUUUAUCCGAAUCCCAAAUCGAAAGAGGACACCAAACCAGGCCAUGUCCAUCCCAUCUUCGUACCGUCGAGUAUAACGAGCAGGACAACACUAUGGGAGACAGAUUACAAUAUUCACAAAUCAAACAGUACCUAUUUCUCUGAUCUCGAUAUUGCCCGUACAACCCUGGUGACAGACUUGUAUAGUCCUGGCCUUGAGCUUGUCAAGCGCGAGAUGAACAAGGAGCUCGAUGCUAAUGGCAAGCAGCUGUACCCGGGCAGGAUUGCCGUGAUGCUGGGAUCUGUAUACUGCACGUUCAAGAAGGAAAUCAAAACGUUCGAAAAAUAUGAGAUGCGGACCAAAAUUGCGGGCUGGGAUGAAAAAUGGCUGUAUAUAUUGACUUUCUUCCUCCGGUUCCCUAAACGAAAGGGGGAGCCUAAAGUUUUGCUUGCCGUUGGCGUGAGCAAGUAUGUUGUGAAAAAAGGCAGGAAAACUGUUCGCCCUGAGAACGUGCUGCGAGCCAGUGGGCUGUUGCCCCCGCGGCCAGCUGGGGAGGAGGCUCCCUCCCCGCCGACAGCACUUGAUACCCCUGUCAAUGGCGAGGCCAUUGGGUCUGGGGAAUCCCUAGACGAGCCUCUUCUCCGCAAAGUGCUGACUCUGACAGAGAACUCGGAUAUUGAUCAGGCUAUGUUGGACAACAUGAAGAAAAAUAACGAAAAUUCUGAGAAGGCUGGUGCCUGGGAUUGGCAUAGGAUCGAAGAGGAGCGAAUUCGGGGCAUGAACGUUGUUCGAUCGUUUGCUAACAUGGACGCAAAGCUCCAUGAAGAAGUUGAUCUAUCCAUGUGA